AUGGUGAGAGGCAACCUAACUGCUGCCUCAGAAUUGCUCCUUCUGGGACUGUCAGAGGGGCCUGGACAUCAGCCCCUGCUCUUCAGUCUGCUCCUGGCCCUGGCCCUGGUCACCAAGGCCGGCGAGGCCGGCGAGGCCGGCGAGGCCGGCGCGGCGGGCGGCGAGGCCGGCCAGGACCGCCCGGCCAGCCCUGGAGCUCCUGGUUGCCCGAAGAGCUCCGGCAGCCGGGAAGGCGACGACGCCAGUGGCGCGGGCGGCCAGGGAGCAGAGGGCGAGGCGGCCGGCGCCCCUCAGGCCGGGCAGGGCCCGCAGGCCCUGGGGCCUGGUGGGGAUGCGGCGCCCGCACCUGUGGCAGCCGCCAGCCGACUGCUGGAGUUCACGCUCACUGUGCCUUUCCGGUCGCCCCUGGAGGCGGACAUGGCCCGCAGGUCCCUGGCCCCACAUGCCCAGCGCCACGGAGGGGUGGUUCACAAGGAGCUGGCGGUGAAUGGCAGCGCCCUGGCCGUUAGAUGGACUGCCGAAGACCCUGUGUUCUUCCGAAUUUCCAUCAACUCCUUCCUCGACCAGCUUUCCCUGGUGAUCCGGAACAUUCGGGGCUUUGGGACCCCGCCUCCGCGAAGCCUAGGCCCGGGAAAGAAGACCUGA